CCCCUUCGCGCCCACGGCCUCUGCGGACAUGAGAAAAGAGUGAAGAGGCAUGGAUAUAACAUGAUUCCUUUGGCAUGCUCAAAAGCGAUAUGAGUUUUAUAAAAGUGUAUUCCUUGGUGAACUGAAUAAAAGAUGGAUGAAUCGGCCUUACUGGAUCUGUUGGAGUGUCCUGUCUGCUUAGAACGCCUUGAUGCUUCUGCGAAAGUUUUACCUUGCCAACAUACAUUUUGUAAAAGGUGUCUGCUGGGUAUUGUCAGUUCCAGAAAUGAGCUGCGAUGUCCAGAAUGCAGGACGUUAGUUGACUGCUGUGUUGAGGACCUUCCCAGUAAUAUUUUACUAGUUCGCUUACUGGAUGGCAUUAAGCAGAGGCCCCGGAAACCUGGUGCUGGGGUGAAUUGCACAAAUUCAUUAAAGGCCCAUAGUGCUGUUGCUAAUUGCAUUCCAAAAGAUCUGCAAAGUUCUCAGAGUGGCCAGCAGCAGAGAGUGCAAGCACGGAGUCCCCCAGUGAGGGGUGUACCUCAGUUACCCUGUGCCAAAGCAUUAUAUAACUAUGAGGGGAAAGAGCCCGGAGAUCUUAAAUUCAGCAAAGGAGACAUCAUCAUAUUACGUCGGCAAGUUGAUGAAAAUUGGUACCAUGGAGAAGUCAACGGUGUCCAUGGAUUUUUCCCUACCAACUUUGUCCAGAUUAUUAAACCUUUACCUCAACCGCCACCACAGUGCAAAGCACUUUAUGAUUUUGAAGUUAAAGACAAGGAAGCAGAUAAGGAUUGUUUACCCUUUUCAAAGGAUGAUAUUUUGACUGUGAUUCGCCGAGUGGAUGAAAACUGGGCUGAAGGAAUGCUGGCUGACAAGAUAGGAAUAUUCCCGAUUUCAUAUGUUGAGUUUAACACAACCGCAAAGCAGCUGAUAGAACUGGACAAGCCCUCAAGUUCUGCAGUAGACUCUGGAGAAGGCACUUCUGGUGCAUCCCACAGUAAUUCAGUCCAAAAGCACAUGGAUACCAAGAAGAACACCAAAAAACGUCACUCCUUUACCUCCCUGACCAUGUCCAACAAGGCCUCUCAGUCUUCUCAGAACCGUCACUCGAUGGAAAUCAGCCCUCCUGUCCUCAUCAGCUCCAGUAAUCCCACUGCUGCAGCUCGCAUAAGCGAACUUACAGGCCUCUCUUGCAGUGCACCUUCUCAGGUUCAUAUCAGUACAACAGGGUUAAUUGUGACUCCACCGCCCAGCAGUCCAGUAACAACAGGGCCUUCAUUUACCUUUCCACCAGAAGUCAAUUACUCAGCUGCUCUUGGUAAUAUGAACCCCCCUCUUCCACCACCACCUCUCUUGUCUGCUACAAUAAUUGCUUCCUCAUCUACUGGGUUACCCUCAGGAGCAGCACAAAAAUCUGCAUCAGGAUCCACUGAGCAAAUAUCACACUUGCGCCCCCAGGCAAGACCAAGCGUGUACAUUGCUAUUUAUCCCUAUACUCCUAGAAAAGAUGAUGAACUGGAACUGAGAAAAGGCGAGAUGUUCUUGGUAUUUGAGCGUUGUCAGGAUGGCUGGUUCAAAGGCACCUCCAUGCAUACAAGCAAAAUUGGGGUGUUCCCUGGCAAUUAUGUGGCACCAGUCUCAAGAGCAGUGACAACUGCCUCCCAAGCAAAAGUCCCUGUAUCUACUGCCGGUCAGACAGGGCGGGUGGUGACUGUGGUCAGCUCUUCUACGGCUGGAACACUGCAGAAACUUCAAGGAAAUGGUGUAACAAUGAAUUCCAGCAUGGUACCAACAGCAGUGGUCUCUGCAGCACACAUACAAACUAGUCCACAAACCAAGGUUCUUAUGCACAUGACGAGCCAAAUGACAGUCAACCAGGCUCGCAAUGCAGUUCGAACAGUUGCAAUACACAGCCAAGAAAGACCUACAGCCACAGUGACGCCAAUCCAGUCUCAAAGUUCAGCAUGCCUUAUUCCUGCUGCUGUAAUUAUUCCACAUCAUUCCGUUGCCUCCCAACAGCUCCAACCUCAGCUUUCAAAUACAGCUACUUAUAUCACAGCUGUGAAUAUCAACCGGACAAAUGCCCCUCUGGCUUGUGCAGCAGCUACGUUAAACUCUCCUGUCACUUCUGCGUCUCUGGAUGGAGAUGCAAGUGGAAGGAUCGUGACGGUUCAUCCCGGCGCGCCAGCUUCCGCAGAGAAUACAUUCGCAGCUGGCGGGGUUACUACCAUCAGUAAACCAGACAGAGAUGGCAAGAAAGAAAAAAAGGGGUUGCUGAAGUUGCUUUCAGGAGCAUCAACAAAGCGCAAGCCUCGAGCAUCUCCACCAUCAUCCCCGACACUGGAGGUUGAGCAGGCAGCUGCGGAGCUCACCCUGCAAGGUGCUGUCGGGCCAGAGGUUCCAUCCACUUCCGGUCAUGGAAGAGCUGAACCCUGUGCCAUGGAUGGAGAACCAUCGUCAGUAACGAUGCAGGAGAAUACUCAUCGGAAAGCCAGUUCUUCAGAUUCCAGUAUUCCCAUAGCUCCCCCUCCACGGCAGCCCUGCUCUUCAUUGGCCCCAGUCCUGAAUGAGUCCAGGCCUGUGGUCUGUGAACGAUACAGGGUUGUGGUAUCUUAUCCUCCUCAGAGUGAAGCUGAGCUGGACCUUAAAGAAGGAGAUGUUGUUUUUGUUCACAAAAAGCACGAAGAUGGCUGGUUCAAAGGCACACUGCAGCGGAAUGGAAAAACUGGCCUGUUCCCAGGCAGCUUUGUAGAGAGUAUCUAAGAAGACUUGCUUCAGAUCACAUAGCACUAUAAAAUAGCACAAAUAUUUUA